AUGGCUGCCUCAAAAGCUUUAUCCACCUCGCUUAUGUCCCGGGGAUUUCCAGAAAGAGUCUCAAGUGUCGACACCACGCACAACUACCUUAACGCACUCAAAUUGAUGCGAAAAGAGCUCAGCACGGCGAAUAUGUCGUCAGAUCGAGAGCUACUGGCAUCAAUAAUGUGCCUCAGCUUGGCAGAGGUUAUGUUUCCUGGGCCAAGUGAAGGUUUAAAGAUGCAUAUAGAUGCCGUGGCGCAAAUCCUUCAGGCAAAUGGACCCCAACGUUAUCAGACUGGCGUUGCCCACAGGUUAUUUAUCGGCUUCCGCCCGUUGUUGAUGAUAAACGCCAUACAAUGCCGAACUCCAUCUUUUCUGGGGUCGGAUAACUGGAAGACGACACCAUUUGCAAUACUUAGCCCAUCCCCAAUGCAAAGCCUUCUCGGCCAGGCCGCUGCGCUUCCAACUAUUUUGCAUACAUUGGACAACUUAUCUGGUCCAGAUGCUUCAGAUAAAAACCAAUACGAGUGUGAACGCAUAUUGAACUGCUUUAAUGACUUGUUGAACGGGUUAAACAAUUGGGAGAUAUCUGAAUCUAUCAAUGUGACGUCUCCCCUUUACUGGUACCGGGAUCAGGAUCCAGAAGAAAUCCCGUGUAUUUGGUUUCCUAGUAUCACUAUGGCCAACGCAAUCACCUAUAUCUGGGCGUUUCGUAUCAUAUGUCUCUGCGAGAUGGAGCGUCUUGCGUCGUCUCUCCCACAGCCGAGCAUUGAAUACCUGAGGAUCUUGAAGGAACAACACAUUGAAAGUGUCCAGAAAAGUUCAGAGACACUCAUGAGACGGAUAUGCGAAAGCAUGGAGUAUCUUCUCCAAGAGGAAAUGAAACUCUUCGGUCCUGCUUCUACAAUCCUGCCUCUUCAGGUGGCCUACGCGGUAGCCACAAUGAAUGGUAAUCAACACAACGGGCAAUUACCCAUCCUGAAGAGAAUUGUCGAGCGGCUAGUUCUCAAAGGACUUCAAUCUUUUCCAAUGUUGAUAUUUGAAAGGAAUUCUUUCCUUCACAGAUGGGAUAGAUUAUCAAACAGGCAAUUGGCAUAA